AUGGAUUCAAAGAGUCUGCUGGGAGAUAGUGCCGACGCAACCUACAGAGAUUACGGAUGCCGCUCGGAAGAAGAACGCAUAGUCGGGGAUACUACCGGGCGGCGGAUUUUCCCGGCGACAUGUGAUUCGGCCAGUGUCUGUCAACAAGCAGAUGAGGACCUCUACAUUCAACAAGCUGUUGUCCUCAUUGAAGAUGCUAUUCAGUAUCGCUCCAUUAACCACCGGGUGGAUGCAAGCUCACUUCAUCUGUAUCGCUGGUACUACGCGAGGAUAUGCCAGUGGGGCUUAGGCUUGACCAUUGCAGUGGUGCUGUUGCUGGCUUUUGUGGAGCGCCCGUCUUCCCUUACUGUUACUUCAGACUCUCGAUAUCGCUCUCCACCCUGGGAGCCUCCUUGCGGACUGACCGAGAGCAUUGAGAUCAUGUGUCUUAUCAUCUUUACUCUUGAUCUUGCUGUUAAGAGCUACUUGAUUGGCUGGGAUGAAUUCCGAAAGAAUAAAUGGCUAGUUAGCUAUACCAUUGUCAUUGCGGUCUCCAUCAUUGAUUGGGUCUUGUCCAUCAGCAUGAUCUGUGAUGAGAAACUGAGAGUUCGACGACUUAUUCGACCAUUCUUCCUUUUGCAAAACUCAUCCCUGAUGAAAAAGACUUUGAAGUGCAUCAAGAGAACUCUGCCAGAGAUUGCCAGUGUCAUUUUGCUGCUUGCACUUCACCUCUGUCUGUUUACGAUGAUUGGCAUGUUGUUGUUCCCUAAAACUGAGGAUCCAAUUAAAAAUGAAGAGUGGAAAGUAUAUUUUCGAAACCUGCCUACUUCACUGACUUCCCUGCUGGUGCUGCUCACAACAGCAAACAAUCCAGAUGUGAUGAUUCCUGCUUACUCCCAAAACAGAGGAUAUGCCAUUUUCUUUGUAGCCUUCAGUGUAAUUGGAACUUACUUCCUGAUGAACUUAAUGACAGCCAUUAUCUACAACCAGUUCAGGGGAUAUUUGCUGAUGGCAGUCCAAACAUCCAUAAUCAGAAGGCGUCUGGGAAUCCGAGCUGCCUUUCAAGUCCUUAGCUGUCAUAAUGCUGAAAAUGCUACUGGGGAGAGUGUGCCAGUUGAUGCUGUGCUGCAAGUGAUGUCCAGAAUCCAGAUGCAAAGCUACUACAGAGAAGCCAUACUUUUGGCGAUACGUCAGUAUGAAACGGAAGGCUUUAUGAAUAGAGAGCAGUUCGGACAAAUAUUUGAUGAACUUGAUAAAGACCGCAUAAAAGAGCACCCUUCCUUACCACAGUAUAACUCUGUCGGAUUGCAGAAGCUGCAGGUCAUCUUCAGUCACUACUUUUUUACGAUAUUUGGCAAUGCAGUGGCAUUGGCCCAUGUGGUGUGCAUAUGUACCGUGUUGGUACUGAAUUCAGAAAAGUCUGUUGCAGAGAGAGAUAACCAUAACAUGGAGAUAAUCAACAUGUGUUUCAUCAUCUACUACCUGUUUGAAAUGUGUGUGAAGAUAUUUGCCUUGAGCUGGAGAGGGUACCUUUCCUACAGAAACAACAUAUUUGAUGGAUUCCUGACCAUCGUACUGCUGGUCCUGCAGAUAACUAUUUAUGUUACCUACCGACUUCCUUAUUCAAAUGUGAAGCAGUCCUCUCAGGGAACAUUCUCUCUAUGGGAAAUGGUUCGUUUUGUUAACAUGCUGAUUGUCUUCCGCUUCCUGCGCAUCAUUCCGGAUAUUAAGCUCAUGGCUUUGGUUGCAAGUACCUUGUUGGACCUGGUGAAAAACCUAAGAGCCUUUGCAGGGAUACUGGUGGUUGUGUACUACAUGUUUGCUGUGUUUGGCAUCUGGCUAUUCGAGGGAGCCAUUAAACCACUGCCGCAUAUGAGUGUGCCCUACAAUACAACUAUGAAAAAUAUCACUUCUAAUUUGAGCAUUGAAUGUGGCACGUAUGAACAGCUGGGUUAUUGGCCAAACAAUUUUGACGACUUUGCUGCGGCCAUCAUUUUGCUGUAUAAUAUCAUGAUAAUCAACAACUGGCAGGCCUUCAUGGAAGCGUAUACCAGAUACACCACUGAGUGGUCCAAAAUUUACUUUGUGUGUUGGUGGUUCACGUCGUCUGUCAUGUGGGUAAACUUGUUUGUGGCACUCAUCCUCGAGAACUUCACGUAUAAGUGGGAUCGCAGUCAUAGCUGUUCUGUUACAGAUGUGGAGAGGAUCAGAUAUGAAACAUCUGUUCAACUCAUAUUCAAAGAGCAGGUCAAAGAGCCCACAGAAGAAGAAUUGCUUUGCCAGCUCCAACAGCACCCCCAUCUACAUUUACAUUGGGGAAACACAUGA